AUGGCAUACCUACCAUCACGCAAAGUCUGCGUGCGCCACGGCCGUAGGAAGAUGAUACGCAGUCGGCGGGGUGGCGUGGCUAAGCCAAAGGCUCGGUCCUUGGCCACGGCUAUCCAACGGGAUGAGAAGAAAGCCCGUCAAAAGGCAAAGCAAGCGUCUGGGCCCAGGAUCCCCGAAUGUCAUAAGCCACUAGAAGAUAACGUGUCUGAACUUGCACCGAUGCCAGAGGGCUACUCUUUUAUUCCAAAUGGUGAUGUCUACAUCACUCUAAGGUGCCGACUCAAGGCCUGGGAGUCUAAUCAGUUCGUGUACAAAGUCUACGACGCACUGGACAAUGUCCCCAUUGGAAUCCGAGUGCCCUCUGAGAUCCACGAGGAAAUUCUUGCAAAGUCUAAAGAGACGGAACGAUCUAUUGCCUCGGCCGCCAACGCCCGCGAUAACAAACCCCGUGGUCGAGAGCGACAGCUCCUACGUGAUCAAUUUCCGAUGAUGCCCGGACACAUCCUCGAUGCCAUAGUGGAGCAUGCCUUCCUUGAGGGUUCGGGCCGAGUGGGUUGCAAUGGCUAUAUGCCCGACGGCCUACGAGCCCAGCUGGCUGUCGAGGCGCAUAUUCGACACAAUCACACCCCUUAUGAGGUCAUGCUUGAAAGGGGCGUAAAUCGGGAGCUGGCACGCAGGAUGGUACGAGAGGCUGGGCAGGGAAUCCGAAAGGCAUGGGAAGGAACUGGCUGA